AAUAUAGAGUCGUCUUUAUUAGGGAGAGCUUUAGUUCCAAUGUGGAAUUUGUCGGCCGACAUGCGAAUUUAGUCGAGUCCCAAUAUGAAACAAAAAAAAAAAAAUUCAAGAACAUUUUUAUUCUAAUUUUAAAAGGUCAAACAGACAUUUCCCUUUCUUUAUCUUCUCUUGUUGCUUCCCACUUUCAUACACUUUCCUCUCUGCUUUCUUUUCAUUUCCUUUCCUUUCCCCUGAUCAUAAGCCGUCUCAAUUCUUUCUCAUUUAAGUGCAUCAAAUGCAAAAUUCAUAAUCACUUUUUUUUUCCUUCUUCCUUGCAUCCUAUCUCAUUUCUUCCAAAUUUAGUACUACUACUACUACUAAAUUCUUCUUGUAGUCUUCAUUUUUCUCAUUACUAUUUCUGGGGUUCUGUUUUCUUGAUUUGUCACUAAUUCUAAGUACUUCACAUGUGUUAAAUGGACAAGAAAAACUUGUUCUUGAACAAUGUCAACACAAUGAAUGAGUUGAAUUGCACUAGUUUGUACAACCCCAAUUGGGAGAAUUCUUCAAUGGAUCAUCAAAAUGAGCCAUUUGAUUCUAAUAUUGUGUCUAGUAAUAGUAGCAAUGGUGGUGACAAUUUUGUACUAAGGGAGUUGAUUGGAAAAUUAGGAAGUAUUUGUAAUUCUGGUGAAAUUUCACCAAAUUCUUUUGUUGAUAGUAAUAGUAAUUCUUGCUAUGCUACUCCUUUGAAUUCUCCUCCAAGACUUAAUCUUUCCAAUUUUGAUCAUCAAAUUAAAGGAAACUUUCCAACUAAUAGUAGUACUGGUAAUUUGCCACAUUUUUCUGCUGAACUUGGAUUUGUAGACAGGGCUGCAAAGUUCUCUUGUUUUGCUAGUAACAAUUUGGGUGGCACAAAUGAAUCAGAAUUUGUUCCUACUAAUAGACAUGUCCAAAAUUUGGAAAGUUCCAAAUUUUCAAGAAUUUCAAGCAAAGAAUCUGAAUUUGGAGAUUCAAGAGAGAAUUCUUCAGUUUCUGAACAAAUCCCCCUUGAGGAAAUUGGCAUCAAAUGUCCAAAUGAUGCCAAUUCCAAAAAGGGGAAAUCAGUUCCAAAAAGGAAAGCUAAAGAAAUCACUGCCAAGAAUGCCAAUGUUUCAACAGAAAAUAAUGAAUCAAGUGCCAAAAGAAGCAAAUCUGAUGAACAAAAUGGAAGUGAUAAAGAACAAAAUGAAGAAAAUCAAAAGCCUCAAGAGCCACAAAAGGAUUAUAUUCAUGUUAGAGCCAGAAGGGGUCAGGCCACUGAUGCACAUAGUCUUGCUGAAAGGGUCAGAAGAGAGAAAAUUGGUGAAAGAAUGAAGUUUUUACAAGAUCUUGUACCUGGCUGCAAUAAAGUGACCGGAAAAGCUGUAAUGCUUGAUGAGAUCAUUAACUAUGUGCAAUCCCUCCAAUGCCAAGUUGAGUUUCUCUCAAUGAAGUUAUCUAAUCUGAAUCCAACAAUGGACUUCAACAUGGAAUCUCUUCACUCCAAGAAUCAGCAUUGUCAGAUAUUUCAAUCCCCCGAAUCGUUGCAUCAUAAUAUGCAUUCCUCAGAAAUCUCAACACAAGAAUUUUCAUGUGGAUCCCAAUCUCAGCAAGGGCCAAACUUGCAAUGCUUCUUAUCAAAAGUAACAGAAUUUCCCUUUACAAUUAAUCCUCUCAAUCGAAAUAUAAGUAUGGAAUUGCCUCAGGUUCCAACAUUCUUUGAAGAUGAUCUCCAUAGUUUUGUCCAGAUGGGUUUUGGCCAAAUUCAGGCACAGAACUUUCCUGGCAAUAUGCCCACAGCACAAAUGAAGGAUGAGGUAUGACCAAAAGACCAUUUGGUCAGUUUAAUUCUUCCAAACAGUUCUUUGAUUCAAAAGAAGGAAAAAAGACCGAGAUGAUUUGUCUCUUCCAAUUCUUGAUUUAUUCAAUGAUCAAUUUGGAUAAUUGUGAUGAUUAUCAUUAACUUUUUCGGAUAUGGGACUGUUAUUAUUUAUUUGGUAGGCAAUUCCAUACACCAGAUGGGGUGUUAGAACUCAAAUUGAUCACUUGUAGAUUAUUUUGUAAUUAGUUCAAUGCAAUUACUUAUUGUUUCAA